GAACCCGGGCGAAGCCAAUAACUUCUUGUUUUGCUCUUUUUGCUCCGCCUAUGGUUUACGCGCAUUACAUACACACGUAUGAAUCUAUACACUUCCGUGGGAAUCAGAUUCAGAAGGGGGGAGAGAGGGGGAAAUGGGUCUACUUUCCCACAGAGUGGAAAGAAGCGAGAUCGUAGAAGGCGACCAUAUCUACACUUGGAGAGCUGUGUUUGCUUACUCUCAUCACGGCAUCUAUGUUGGUGGAAGCAAAGUUGUCCAUUUUACUCGGGAACCGAAUCCUGGUGCAAGUGGAGUUUCCUUUCUCAGCUCCUCUGAUCCCACUUCAGAUCCUUUCUCAACUAUCUCUUGUUCAAGUUCAGGGGUGCCAUCAACUUGUUCAGAUUUUCCUGAUUGUGAUUUUCGAAAACCUGGGAGCGGAGUAGUCCUCUCUUGCCUGGAUUGCUUCCUUGGUAGAGGAUCCUUGUAUCGCUAUGAAUAUGGGGUCACACCAUCAGCUUUCCUUACAAAACUCCGAGGUGGCACUUGCACCACUGCAGAAUCUGACCCACAAAAAGCAGUAAUCUACAGGGCCAUGUUUCUACUUCAUAAUGGAUUUGGAAACUACGACGUGUUUAAGAACAACUGUGAGGAUUUUUCUAUCUAUUGUAAAACAGGGCUUUCGAUUCUUGAUAAAACAGCUCUCGGAAGGAGUGGUCAAGCGGUUUGUGGGAUUAGUUUUCCCUUGGCGGCAGUUCUUUCUUCUCCCGUUAAGUUGUUUAUGUCAGGUCCGGUUGGUAUGGCUGCAGCAAUGGCUGGGAUGUAUUGUAUGAGUAGGUAUGCCUCUGACAUGGGUGUUCGAACUGAUACUAUUAAGAUACCAGUGGAGGACAUGGCUUUGUUCUUUGGUUGGGAAGGACCUAACGAGGAAUUUCCUGAAGAAAAUGAUGGUCCUGAGAGACUGAACAGUUUUGCUGGGAAUGACAAUCCACCUGCUAAGAGACAGAAGUGUUUGUUGAUGUGAAUCAGUGGGUAUCAUCCAGUGCUUGUCACUGAUACAUCAUUUGUCUUAACUUAUUUUUAUUUCUCGAUCUGGAUAAACAGAAUACUCACAGACCCCUAAAAACUUUUGUAAACUGAACUCUCAUUUCACAUUUUAACAAAUCAAUGAUUUCUGAAUUCUGAAUACAAUAAAAGAAA